GAGAGGGGCUGUUUAUCUACACUUUGGUGAACUGUCACGUCAGCUUCGUCCACAACUGUUUCUUUUCUUUUCUCUCUCCUCCAAAACAACGGAAUGGUGUGAAUGUGCAGCCGAGAGGACGACUCUGAUAUCCGCAUCUACCAGAGCGCCUUCAAACUUCUACCAAGUUUACUCACAUUUUCGGGAGACUCUGCAUGCUGGAGCUUGAAGCUGACUUCCUGUAGGCCGCUUCACAGAGAGGGAAAUCCUUGUGGAAAGCAGGAGAAAGGCCUGUUCACCUACCUUCCUCACACUGGAAGCUGCAGGAUAAUAACAAAAUGGCUAGAAGAUCCCCCAUUCCCGUGUUACUUCUUGCAAUAUGUUGCCUGGCAUCUGCAGGGCCUUUGUUUCGCAGCCCAUGUGAGCUGCUGCCGGUGGGGAUGGGACACCCGGUGCAGGCCUCGUUGAAAAGCUUCACCGCCCUAUCAGGCUGUGCAAGCAGGGGCACCGCCAGCCUCCCUCAGGAGGUCCACAUCAUCAACCUGAGAGGACAUGCUCCAGAGGGACCAGACAACACCCCGGCAGAAGUUGAGUUGCAUCUGAAGCCCAUCCAGUCUCUGCUGCGCCACCAGAAGCCCCUGGUCUUUGUGCUUAACUCCCCCCAACCACUGAUCUGGGAGAUCAAGACAGAGAACCUGGCCCUGGGCAUCAAACGUACCUUUCAUGUAUCAGAGGGCUCAGAGGUCCACUUUCAGCCGGGAAACUUCUCCCUUUCCUGCCAGAUCCAGAAGGAGACCUUUCCCCACGGCAAUGAGCACCUCCUCAGCUGGGCCCAGAAGAAGUACAGGGCAGUCACCUCUUUCUCUGAGCUCAGGAUGACUCAAGACAUCUACAUCAAAGUCGGAGAAGAUCCAGUGUUUUCUGACACCUGCAAGAUUGAUACCAAGUUCCUGUCUCUGAACUACCUGGGCGGUUACGUGGAGCCACAGACAUCAAAGGGUUGUGUCCUGUCAGGACCUGACAAAGACCAAGAGGUGCACAUCAUUGAGCUCCAGGCCCCAAACUCCAGCAGUGCUUUCCAGGUGGACGUCAUCGUGGAUCUACGGCCUCUGGAGGACGAUGCCCCCCUGCAUCGCGACGUUGUCUUGCUGCUCAAGUGCGCUAAGUCUGUCAACUGGGUCAUCAAGGCCCACCGUGUGAUUGGCAAGCUGGAAGUAGUGGCCUCUGAUACUGUGAGUGUUAGCUCAAAUACAGAGAGACUGAUGCAAGUGUCCAAAACCCCCAAGCAGCACUUACCAUCAGGAUCACAAGCCUUGAUCAAGUGGGCAGAAGAGCAAGGCUACAGUCCAGUGACCUCUUACACCAGCACUCCUGUGGCUAACCACUUCAAUAUCCGACUCAGAGAGCCAGAUGUGGUGGAUCCUCUGGAGAGCAUGUUCCCUCCAGAGCUCUCCAUCCUGCGUGACUCCAAUCCUCACCUAAGGGCAGGAACUGCUUCACGGCGCCCAGGACUGCCCUUCCCUUUCCACCCGCCCAUGUCUGACGGCCUGCCGUACCUGACGCUACAUUCCUCUGUCGAUGACCGGCCCUGGGAGAACGGAGAGCCCGAGGAGCAGCAGGGCGUUCUGAGUGUUGGCCUCAGUGUGCAGUGUGAGGAAACAAAGAUGGUGGUCAGCAUCGACAAAGAGAGUCUGCAAGCGAACGGGUUUAUUCAUGCCAACCUCACGCUCCAAGACCCAGAAUGCAAAGCAACAGUGAAUGCCACCCACUACACACUGGAAACUCCUCUGACUGGCUGUCAGACCACCAUAUAUUCCAUGCAGGGUACGGGUACGGCCUUCUACAUCAACUCUGUCUUGAUAAGUCAUGCUGAGACUAAGGAUGGGAGUGGCGGGCCGGUGGAUUAUGAGGAUCUGGAAUCCGGAGACGUGCUGUUCCCGAAGGACCCAGUGGAGUUAGAGAGGACGUUUACAGAGCCCACAGAGCACCAGUCUGUCAUAGUGUUCAAUUGCACGUACAGAAAGAACCAGGAAACCUCAGAAACACUUCCCAGGAUUGUACCGGGACCAGCCAGGCAGCCGGUCAACAACAUGACGUUCAGUAUGGAGCUGUACAAAACGCUGCCGUCCAGCAACCCCUCACGCCAGGCCUUCCACACUGUUUCACAAAAUCAACAAGUCUUUGUGGAGGUCACAUCAACCGCAUCAGAUCCAGAUCUGGGGUUCACCAUCAUAUCAUGCUUCAUUUCUCCGAACUCCAACCCCAACGUGGCCUCAAACUACACUCUCAUUGAGACAGUCUGCCCCAUGGAUGACUCUGUCUUCCCUGUCCCUCACACACAGAUUGAUAGGAAAAGUUUCAGCUUCAACUUCAGCUCAAAGUUUAACAUGUCCCUGCUUUUCCUGCACUGUGAGAUGACUCUGUGCACCAAGAAAUCUCACAUCAACCACAGACUACCGCCGUGCUUACAGCCCAGCGAGUCCUGUGAUUCUCUUAAUGCGGACAACAUCGUCAUGAUGAUGAUGAACAAAAAGACGUCUACUAUGCCGCUGGUUGUGGUGGACAACUUUGUUAUACCAGACUUGACAGUUAUUCCUCCGCAUGAAACACCAGAACCCACAGAGGAUCCUCCUAAUUACGGGACAAUGUACGUGCUGGACACUCCAACAGUGGUGGGGAUCGCCUUUGCGGCCUUUGUGAUUGGGGCUCUGUUGACUGGAGCCCUGUGGUUUAUCUACUCUCACACAGGUGAGACAGCUGGCACCCAGCGGGUCCAGAAUUCUCAACCCGCCUCUGAGAACAGCAGCGCGGCCCACAGUAUCGGCAGCACACAGAGCACGCCCUGCUCCAGCAGCAGCACGGCGUAGCCCAGGACACACAUUGGCGGGACACACAAGCCCGGCUGUGGCACAGGAAGGGCCUGGCGGGUUCACAGGGACCGGUUUGUUGAUUUCCUUCCAUGAAAGGAAUUAUUUUUGGGCAUGCGAUAGGAAGGAAAAAAAAUCUGAAUUUAAAAAAGAAGAAAAAACACAAUAACACCCUUAGUUCUUGUGUAAGUCCCUUUGUGCCACUUCAAGUGUGUGUGCAGACAAGUAUACUGUCCUGGUGUUAUUGGUGUGUAACAGUUCUGAGACCCAACUUGGCAGCCGCACCUCAUAUCUAGUACAAAAAAGUACAAGAAACAAAUGUGAGUUUAUACCAGGCAUUUCUUUCUAAUCCAAAUGCUGCUUUUUUUCUGAUGACAACAGAGCCUUUUGUUUUGACCUUAAAUGGUUUGAUUUUCGGCUGUUUCGAACAAGCAGGUGAACAGCGGUGAUGUCAGUAUUUGUAAGUGAGAUGUCGACGGCUGGGCUGUUACACGUUACUUUAGGACAUGUAACCAUUAAGGUGGCAAAGGAGCAAAGCAACCACUAUUAACAAGCGGACAAAAGUGCAGUAUGAACAGAAGUCAUCAUCUUGACCCAAAGAGAGAUCAUGGCUUUUAAAAGAUGCGAGACAGUGUAGGUAUUGAAUGUAUACAGAAGAGUAAACGCCAAAAAAUGUGAAAGAAAAAUGUGAAAGACAUGCUGAUAAAAUUCCACAUUUGAUAAUGUACUAAUUUCACUCAUUCUUCCCUCAUAAUGGAUUUAUAGACACAGGCAGGUAAAACAUAUUUUACCAGUGCUUUCUAUACACACUUUAUAGAAAUGCAUUUCAGUAGAUGGGGGUCUGAGUUUCAAUUUCAUAGAUACAUAACUUCACAGGGGCAUUAUGGGUUCCCUUUUAUUAGUUGUUGUUAUGGAAUAGGUCGACAUUUUGGGAAAUGCGAUGAUUUUUUUUUUUAUCCAACAGAAGAUCGAUACCUCUCUCCUGUUUUUGCGUUAGUUACGUAGCUCAAUACAGGGGGUGAUUAGCCUAGCUUAGCAUGAAGAUUGCAAGCAAAGGGAAAACAGAGAUAGUUCAACAUUUUUAAGAAAAAUAUACAGAAUGAAAAAACACUGUAAAACUCCUAAUUGUCAUUUUAAAUAUCUGCCUGUGCCAAGUUGAAGAAACAUCUUAGUUAGUUAGUUAGUUAGUUAGUUAGUUAGUUAGUUAGUUAGUUAGUUAGUUCGUUAGUUAGUUAGUGAGCUUUAGAUGUACUGCUCACUAAGUGUAUUUUAUUUUGCAUGGCCAGGCUAGCUCGUUUUUUAUGCUAAGGUAAGUUUAUAAAACCUAAAAAAUACACCUGCCAACACCACUGAAAGGCAUUAAUUCACACACGUCUGUUGAACCUGCACGCAAACUGAAAAGUAAAAACAUCAUUGUGGUGUUUCAGGGGAUGUUUCGUACAGUUGUUUUUCUUGAAAACGCUAAGCUAGGCUAACCCCCUCCCGGCUCCAGCGCCAUACUUAACACACAGACAUGAGAGUGGGUUUGAUCUUCUCAUAAUCAUCUUUCCUAAAACUAUUCGUUUAAGAUGUGUAUAUUUUUGUAAAUAUUGUAAAUACUCCAAAAUGUCAUGAGGCAGAGCGUGGAAAUUUAUGUUUUUGUACUUCUACCAUGUCAUAUUUUAAAAGUUACAAAAUACACACUAAUGUGUUUAAUGACAAAAUCAACAGGGUGUUAUUUCAAGACACAAAUUUCUAAUCAUGUCUUAGCAUAGUUGACGUAGUUUAGGUCCCACUGUCUGUCAGACAGAGCACAAGAAAGAGUACUUUUGUUAUUUUAUAAAGCCAAUUGUACAGUGAAUUGAAUUUCCUUGUCACGGUUUGUAGAAAUCUUGGCACUGACAGUGUGUCAAAUAAGCUGUAGCUCAAGCUCCGUGUUAUGGACAUACAUAUUCAGGUGUUCCUCAAACUGCGACACCACGUCUACCCCCACCGUCUCCGAAUAAUAUGAAUGUUUGCUCCCGUGCCUUCCUUUUAUUAACCUGUAUGUGUUUUCUAUCAGACUGUGUGUGGGACUAACUGGGAAAUUCGAGAAAGGAGGUUUCCCUGUAACGAUUUAACCAAGUCUCUGGUGAAGAGUAACAAGAAAAAACAGAAUGUAUGUUAUCUCAAAGCUUUUUAUUUUCUUUUCAUUUCAUAUGUAAACAUGUAUAAAACUUUCUACAGAGGGAACAGAGUAUAAAUAUAUAUAUUUGUGUAUAAAAUUAUAUUUUGGAAUAUAUUUACCGAGAGAAAAUUUAUCUUCUAUGUGUGUAAGACUGUGAAUUGUGGAUGUGCUCAUACAUAACACACGUUUGUUGGGGAUUGGUUUAUAUUAUUCAUAAAAGCCUCAUGGCAUGUUUUAUGACACUUGACCAAUGAAAAUUUGUAUUACAAAAAUUAUUAAGCCCCUUUCUUUUUAAAUAACACUUUGAGUUUGUUUUAUUCACUAAUAAAAGUGAAAAGUUACAAUUUCCUCACAAAAUUUGAAAAUAUGUACGCCAAAACAAAAAAUUCUAGUUUUAUAUGUCAGUUUUUUAUUAAAUAAUGAGUCAUAAAACAUGUUAUGAGUUUGUAAUGAAUACCACAUUUAAAUACUUUUCAAACAAAGCAGAUUAUUUCUUCUGUACAUGGAAGAAAUACGUCCAAAACUCCUGUGUUUUGUUUAAACGUUACUAUAGUUUCGAUCGAAUCUUUUAUUUUCCCACUUGGCAAUGAUGACUCAUUACUGAAGCUGUUGCAUAUUAAUACUACUUUGUAUGAAUUGUGUGUUUACUAAAAUAUUUUCAUAUGACGGAAAUAAAUUUAUAUGUUAAAUUUAUAUAUUUGAAUCAGUAUCUUAAAUUUGAGUUUCAUAUCUUUGAAGAUAAGCUGUAACGAUGACUAUUAAACUUUGUUUUUUAUCAUGAUAUUAGUUAGAUUCAGUUGUUGCCACAGAACAAAACCCAGAUCCCCAAUGUGUUUUGUUCCUCCUAUUGCCAUGAGCAAUGACAGUUGUCCCCUUAAAAUGAAAAAAGAAAUGACUUCAAUGCUAAACCACUAAUGGCAGCGGUUAAACCAAAUUUGAAAUAAAGUGGAAUAAAUAUUAAAUGUGCAAACAUUCAGUUAAAAUGAAGAAAAUCCAACAUUUUCUUAGUUUGUUUCUGGAAACUCAACUGGUUUCACAUGAGAAGUCCUUUUUUAAAUUACAUUAGAUCCGCUUGGGUUUUGGGGCAACAUUAGAACUUGUUUAAAGCCAGCAGUGUCUCAGUUAACUCAGCUACACAGUAAAUACACAGCAAUGAUAUGUUGUGCACUGUUAUUGUGAACAACAACACUGUAUCCCUCUGUACUGAAUACAGAGCAGACUCAGAGAGCAAUCCAUGUCUUACAGAGUGGUAAUAUAAUCAGCGGUCAUUGUGGGAUUAAGGCUCUCUGACAUUCCUGCAGUUUUGUGGUUUCUGUUAUCGACCGUGGCAAAUCCAUCUCCCCAUAUGUAAUUACCCUACCACCCCCCCACCUCCCCACCC